UGCGCCAAUUCAUUCAGCACGCUAGAGCGAAUUAUUCUAACAACAUGAAACCUGGAGGGAACCAAUACGGUGCUACUGGUAAAGUUUGAACGUUUCCGACGAUGGACAAGCAAAAAGUGCUGGCGCGGCUGGUUUCGGACCUGCAGGCCUUUCUGCUGGUCCUGGACAGUGAAAACCUCAGCUACAUUGCCCAGGCACAGAAGAAAUCCAUUUCAGAGCUGCUCUCCAAACUACAGGAAAAAGACACGCCUGUGGAAGAUGCAGAGUAUAUGAUAAUGAACUGUCCUUCUGGAGCCACCAGCAGCGAUCUCAGGGAAACCCAGAACACAGGUGCUGGUCAGACCGGGGUGGAUGCAGACUCAACGGACGAUCCAUUAACCUCAGUCUCCACAGAGUGGCUGAGUAAAGGGUCUGCAGGUCCUGCUGUGCCUCCACAUCCUCCUGGAGGUUUGGAAGAAGACAACUGCUAUGAGGAGGCCGAACCUUUCAUUCCAGCCAGUCAGUCCACAGAGAAAGUUGACACAGACAGCAGUCAUUAUGAGUCGUACGGUGAGGAAGAGCAUGAGGAAGAGGAGUUUGUGAAGGACAAAGCUCACUACAUCCAGUGGAGUUCGUCCCAGCCUUGCCUGAGACCCAUUCCAGAGUCUCGUAUCUGCGGAUACCUCUGGAGGAAGAAAUGGCUCGGACAGUGGACGCGUCAGCUUUUUAUCAUCAAACAUAACUCACUACUGUGCUUUAAGUGUGCUAAAGACCUCCACCCCCUGCUGGAGCUGAAUCUGAAGGGAUGUCAGGUGGUGUACAAAUCCAAACACAGCAAGAAGAUGCAGCACGAGCUGAAGGUGGUGGUGGGGUCGGAAACGGUGAUCAUGGGGUUUCAGAGCUGCUCGCAGGCGGAGGAGUGGAGGAAGAUCAUUGAGGAGGUCAGUGGAACUUCUUACUAUGAGCCGGAAUCCUCCUCAUCCAUACUGAAGAGUGAGAGACUGGACUCUUGCAGGUCAAGUGCGAUGCUCCAUACUGACUCAGAUGAGGACAAACUGUCAGGACUGCCGUCUGCUCUCAGCAGCGAGGAGAUUAAGGACAGAGCGGGUUUCCUCAACGUGCUGAUGAACUACCAGUGGCAGAGCCUCUGGUGUCGGGUGGAUGAGGGGGUCCUGAAGAUGUUUCGGGACGAGGGGACUGAGGAAACCCCCCAGUACACGGUCCAGCUGAGGGGCUGCGAGGUGCGACCGGGACCGGACACGGCGCACGCCUACCGCAUCACCGUCUCUCAGCACGGGGACCAGGUGGCUGUCCUGGAGGCCAGUUGUUCUGACGAUAAGGAGCAGUGGGUGCAGCUCCUGCAGGAUGGGAGUUCCACUCGCAGUCACAGCUCUGUCGACUCUCCUUACACACACCUGGAUACCAGCCAAGACUCACUGCCCAGCACCUCACUGAGUGGACUGAAAAUCCGCAGAUUCCCCACCUCCAACACGUACAUGGAUGACCCCUUUCAGCAGCUCUGUAGUUCGGUCCACUCCCAGCCCAUUUACUCCAACUCAUCUAUACUGGAGCACAUGUUUCAGAAAUCCCACAGUGGAGGAAACGGGGACUCUGCGUCAUUCAAAGACCCAGCCAACUACAGUAAUAAUGAGAUCUUCAGUAACUAUGGUAAGAAAAUGAACCAGGUGGAACGAGGUGUCCAGAAGAUUGAGCUGACAGAGAAGAGAAGGGUGCAGCUCCGGGCGGGGUCAGAGGUCAACCUCAUUAACGUGGGAAAGUCAUCUAAGCGCACCUCUUUCAGGCAAUCCCUCGCUUUCUGUACUGAACGGGCACAGGGAAGCUUCCUGACCCCCUUGCUGAGGAGAACAGCCUCAGCCAAAAACACUCUGAAGAGGGCUCCGUCGGCCCUGCUCAUAGAACACGGCAAAGUCUUCCAGAGGAGAAAGGAGUGGGAAACAAAGGCAUCUGCUUGACGUUUGCUCUCUCUCUCUCUCUCUCUCUCUCUCUCGCUCUCUCUGCUCACA